UACAUAUUUGACAGUGCAAAGUCAGGCAGAGCCUGCACUCCAGCUUAGCGUUCAGUUAGGCACAGACGCCCCAGCCCCUCUCCCACUCUAUCCUUGGUUUUCCGUUGGACGUUUUGUCGGUGCCGCCGAACAACACUAAGCAGCCAUGGAUGCCAUUAAGAAGAAGAUGCAGAUGCUCAAGCUCGACAAGGAGAAUGCCUUGGACAGAGCUGAGCAGGCCGAGUCAGACAAGAAAGCAGCAGAGGACAGAAGCAAACAGUUAGAGGACGAUAUAAGAGAGAUGGAAAAGAAAUUGCGUAUAACUGAGGACGAAAGAGAUAAAGUGCUUGAGGAGUUCCAAACAGCUGAAGAAAAGCUGCUGACUGCUGAGGAGGUCGCCACCAAGCUUGAGGACGAUUUGGUAGCUCUGCAGAAGAAACUGAAGGGAACUGAGGAUGAGUUGGACAAGUACUCCGAGGCUCUUAAAGAUGCCCAGGAGAAACUUGAGCUGGCUGAGAAGAAAGCCACCGAUGCUGAGGGAGAGGUCGCUUCCCUUAACAGACGUAUCCAGCUGGUUGAGGAGGAGUUGGAUCGUGCUCAGGAGCGUCUGGCUACUGCUCUGACCAAGCUGGAGGAGGCUGAGAAGGCUGCUGAUGAGAGUGAGAGAGGCAUGAAGGUCAUUGAGAACAGGGCCAUGAAGGACGAGGAGAAGAUGGAGCUGCAGGAGAUCCAGCUGAAAGAGGCCAAACACAUCGCUGAGGAGGCUGACCGCAAAUAUGAGGAGGUUGCCCGUAAACUGGUCAUCAUUGAGGGUGAUCUGGAGCGUACAGAGGAGCGCGCUGAGCUGUCAGAAGGCAAAUGCUCUGAGCUUGAGGAAGAGUUGAAAACUGUGACCAACAACCUGAAGUCACUGGAGGCACAGGCUGAGAAGUACUCACAGAAGGAGGAUAAGUAUGAGGAGGAGAUCAAGGUCCUCACUGACAAGCUGAAGGAGGCUGAGACUCGUGCUGAGUUCGCUGAGAGAUCAGUAGCCAAGCUUGAGAAGACCAUUGAUGACCUGGAAGAGAAAGUAUCACAAGCUAAAGAAGAGAACCUCGAAAUGCACCAGAUGCUGGACCAGACUCUAAUGGAACUGAAUAAUUUGUGAAAGCACGGUCUGACCCCUCCCCUUGCCCCUCACACACACAUACACUGUGGUUUUGGCUUUAUGUAUUUGCACCUUGCUUACCGUAAACCCCUUCUUCUCGUACCUUGCCAAUGGUGGAGAACAAACAGCCAGAUGCUAUUCUUAUUGCAUCGUCCUGCCUUCAGCAGAACUCAAAGGGGAAGUAACGCUUAACCAUUCCCUCUCAUGAAGCCUAAACUGAGAAACACGGUUGUUUUCGCAAGCCAGUUUUUAUCUUUGCCUUUUGCAAUCCUUGAUUUUUUUUUUUUU